CAACGAGAUGCGUAUUGUUGAGGAUGAGAGUGAACUGCGCGAGCUUGAUCUCUCGAUGCCAGGAAAGCACAAACCAGAGGCUUUGAGUAAAGUGAGUGAACAGAACCAGAAGAACGAGAUUAAGAACCUCGAUUUUUCCGUUUUUAAGUCGCAUAAGGCCAAGGAUACCAAGAGUUCAAAGGCUUCAUCAAGUUUGGAUGACCAGAAUGCCGCCGCCUGUCUUCUCCAGCUCAAGUCUUCCUCUACUCCCCAAUCUCCAUAUGUUGUCAAAAUCCUCUCGCCCGAACCCGCCCACCAAUCCAGCCUCCUGCUCCCCGGCCAGCCAAUGAGAGCACCAUUCGCAACCAGAGCUCCACCCCUAGAGGCUCCUCAACCUAUCAUACCGUCGCUUGGCUUGGAGAGCAGUAAGUGCCCUACGCCGGGAUGUAACGGGACGGGUCACGCCACCGGCCUCUACUCCCACCAUCGUUCUCUCUCAGGCUGCCCCAAAAAGGACAAGGUCACCCCAGAAAUCCUCGCGGCGCACGAGACGAUUGUCAAGUGCCCGACGCCCGGGUGUUCCGGCCGGGGUCACGUAAACCAGUCCCGCCACUGCCAUCGCUCCCUCUCCGGCUGCCCCGUCGCCGCCGCCUCCAAGCAGGCCGCCAGACACGCCCGCCAACGCAUGGCCCUUCUGCAGCAACCACACAUCCCGCUACAGCAGACUGCCCCAACCUCAGACCACCUCUUGAGGCCCGUGUGUUUGGUGAAGCAGCUCGACUUCUCUCAGCCAUCGCUCCCUCUCCUCUCUGGCGCAGCCAGUGCUUCCGUAGCCUCCACCACGUCUUCAAUUUCGUCAGCCACUGUCUCCUCUACUCCAGUGUUUCCAGGGACCUCAGCGUCACUCCCCACUAGUCUAGACCUGACCGCCGGACCCUCCUCAAAAUCUUUAUCUCUAAUACCCUCAACGUUUGCCUCCACUUCGUCCGAUUUAACGUUGCCAGUGGUGGCAAAGACAGAGACUUACGUAACGUCUUCCACUUUGUGUAAACCUUCAGUGACAACUUCUGUCAGUAUUCCUUCCCCGCAGGGGUUCGCUUCCCUGUGUUCCCCUGCGUCAGAGGAAGACACAAGCCUCACUGGGGUUUCACCCCCUCCAUCAGCUGCAAGUCCCUCCUCCAUCCUCAAAAGUGCCGGAAUUUGCUCGACCAGUUUCGCGGGAACAUCUUCCGCCACUUCCAGCAAUAGUGUUGAAGCGCGGUCGUGUGAUCGUGACCGCUUGAUGGAGACGUCAACGCUGCCGCCCCCUGCAGCCCGCGACCCACCCGGCCUCCGCCCUCAGGAUCCUCCCAAGGCCUGCAUGGAGGAGGUGGCAGGGGGAGGCAGGCUGGCCCUUACCCCAACCAACAACAACAACACCACCACUACCAACAAUAACAACAACAAUAACAACAACACCAACACCAGCAACAGUGGCACUACCACAACCACCAGCCCCAACAACAGCAGUAAUAGUAACAACAACAGCAGAACUCACAGUCACAGUCCUCACAAAGCUCUCUCCUCCCUCAACUCCUCGGUGAGCGUCAAGGCCACGGAGAGCUCGGGGCUGGGCUGCUUUGGUUACAAAGGUGAGGACGAGGCGGGCUUGAUCCGACCUGCAGCCAUCACGGAGGUGCGGGCGAGUGAGGCGCGGUUUGACCUCCCCCACUCCUACACCACUCUAGACCUGGACCGCCAGUCCGCCAUCCCUGUCUCACAACCACACAUGCCGCCCACGCCCACCACAUUCGACACCACCGUCGCUGGUGGUGGAUCCUUACCAGGGGGGUCUAUCGCCCCCAUGACCCCAGGCCCCCUCGUGAGCGGUAAUGGUUCCCUUCUCUCACAUGGUCCCUUUGAUGCCCUCAAGCCGCCCGUGUCCUCGGAGUACCCAAUCACCACCACCCACAACAGUUUCUUCAUGAACAAGGCGUGUGGGGCGGAGGUCAAGCUCAACGACACUCCGACGCCCUGUUCUGUUGCCUGUAUGCCGCCAGUUCCACCCAACUCCAUGUACCAAAGCCCCGGCUACCGCUACGACAGCUCGGCAAUCAACCUCAGCGUCAAGACCUCGGCAUUGGGCCCUAAUCCCAUGUCUCCGGCUAAUGUCAUGGACCUCUCGGGCCCCAUGGGUACUGGAGGACCCAUGGUGACAUCCCCGCACUACCCUGGGCCAGGCGUGUCCCCCUGCUACAGCGGCCCACAGCUUGUGUCCCCAGGCAGCUCUCACGACUCUCAGCACACCAACCAAACUCUCGACCUCUCUCUAGCCCGCCCACCCGGCUCUCUCAGUGGACCCACAAGCCCAGAGUACAGCCCUCCCUCACGCCUGGGGUCGGGUUACCCUGGAGGCGGCGCGCCCUUCCAGCAGCCUCCGGGCAUCGACGAACAGACAGAGCCCGUAGAUUUCUCCUCCCCAGCCGAGCCCGUCAACUUCAGCCUGGCGCGGCCCCUAGAGUACGGCGUCACCCCUGACUACUCCCGCGCCCCUACCGCCCCCGCCUGCCCGCCCCACGAUAACACCUACGCCACCACUCCCGACAGAACACACGACUUCAGGAACAUGAAUGGCUACAACACCAUGACGACCCGGCCCUAUGACGUGACCACGGCCUACAACGCGGGUUACAUGGGCUAUCAGGGCUACCAAGGGGGCUACAUGGGAGCCGGCAGCUACGGGGCUACGAUGGGCGGAGACUACAUGACGACGAGCGCUUGCACCACGCCCUACCAGCUCUCCCCCUCCCGCUCACAACCCCCGCCCACGCCCAUGCCAGACAGCGUACGUCCUUACUCCCGUAGUAGCGGUAGCCGGAGGGACGGUAAGGAGCUCAUUCAGUGUCCGACGCCAGGCUGUGACGGGAUGGGCCACGUCACCGGCAACUACGCCACGCACCGCAGUCUUGGUCAAAAAAAUCUUCACCUGGCCAAGUCUAUCCUCGCCCCACCAUCCAGCCUGUCCGGAUGUCCCCGCGCGGAUCGCUCGAGUAUCCAGCACCAGACGCAAGAGCUGAAGUGUCCCACGCCCGGGUGUGAUGGGUCGGGGCACGUGACUGGCAACUACUCCUCCCACCGCUCACUCUCCGGCUGCCCCAGAGCCAACAAACCCAAGCACAAACCUAAAGACACCCAGGAUUCUGAACCACUCCGCUGUCCAGUCCCUGGAUGUGAUGGGUCGGGGCACUCCACGGGCAAGUUUCUCAGUCACAGGAGUGCCUCGGGCUGUCCCAUCGCCAACCGCAACAAGAUGCGCUCCCUCGAGGGGGGCGGGGGGGCGGGGCUGGGCAUGGGCAUGGGCGUCUCCACUGGGUUAGCUGCCAUGGGCGAACCGCGGCCUCCCCUCCUAGCGGCGUCCUACUCCACGGGCGGCCCUACUGGUCCUCCCGCGGCCGCCCACAGCCUCUUGGCCCGCCCACUCCUCCACCAACUGCAGCCCCCGCCAGCCAAGAAGCUCAGGAUGGAUGAUUCAACCCUGGUCUUCAAGACAGACGGCGAGGACCACACUGGCUUGGCCUCGGAGAUCUCGGAGUUGCAGAAAGAGAACGCUUCCAUGGAGGUGCACGUGAGCAAAUUACGCCAUGACGUCUCCUCUAUGGAGGCUGCGCUCAAGGUCGAACAGAAGGAGGCGGCUGGUGCUGGUGAGAGGGGAGCGCAGUUGACCGAGUAUUACGAGUCGUUGCGGAAUAAUGUCAUGUCGCUACUGGAGCACGUCAAGCUACCCGGAGGCGGCACAACGCCCACCAACGACCGCAUCGGUCAUGACAACUUCGACUCCUAUCUCUCCAAGAUCCACUCCCUCUGCACCGACAACUACUGCGAGGACUCCAGGCCCCUCUACGACAGUGUUCGCUCAGCUCUCCAUGAUUUCACAGUGCCCCCGACGCCCAUCUGACAUGACUAGGGGUACGCCGGGGCGGGGACGGCAUCCUCCAUGGCCGCCGCCAGCGUCCCGCCCACCCACACAUACUUCCCAACCUCCUUCACCACGCCCUUCUUUGGCGUGCCGCCAGUGAACACAAGCAUGGCCAACAGUGUGGCUAUGGGUAACACCAUGAACACCAAUAUGAGCAGCAGCAACGCAGCAGCCUUCACAAGCACAAGCAGCAGUAACAGCGGCGGCAGCAACAACAGUGGCAUCAACAGCAUGGGCGGCAGCAGGUGACGGGAGUAGUGAAGUUUCCCGCCCUCAGCUGGUGCUUCACUACAACCUGGCGUCCAACUACUCAUGGUAGGACCACCCCCUCCCACACCUGCUGAACCCUCACAUAAUGUUGGUGUUAAUGGGCGCCACCAGCCGCGUGAUGAUGCAUUACGCUGAGCUCUGGCACCUGGUGUUAUGGCCACGGUUAGUGGCACCCCUGAUGUGGGGGCCUUGGUCAUUCUUCUGGCACCCUUGGUGUGAGGACCUUGGUCACUGGUGCCCUAGGUGUGAGGGUCACGGUUACUGGCGCACCCAGUGUGAGGACCUCGGUCACUGAUGGCCCUAGUAUGAGGGCCGCAGUCACUGUGGCACCCCUAGUGUGAGGGCCCUGGUCACUGGCGCGUCCCAGGUCCUAGCCACUGCUCACCCUCUGUGUUGCCACUCCCACCACGAGCUUUAACGUCUGCGAUGUUAAUGUAAAUAAUCUAAGACAUUUUCUCUGUAAAAAAAUAAUGUUUACCAUAGGUCAAGUCGUUUGUUGGUGUAUUUGAAAACUGUCUAGACAAUUAGCUUGCUCUACAUUGUCGAACAUCUAGUAUUGUGUGUGUAUUCAGGAAGUCGACUUUCCAGCAAGCUAGGUGUCUAAUGCGCCAAGCCAGUGUGAUGACGUAUGUGUUAGAAUAGGGAGCUUCGAUAAUGUUCCUUUGCAUAAAACUUUUCAUUUUCUUAAAAGAGUGAGAAGUGAAGUUUACCUCGGUUUAGAACUGCUUGACGAACACUGAAAGAUAACCCUUAUUUUACCUGUCCAGUGGUUGUGGGUUGACUUGGCCGGCAAAGGAUCCGCCUGGCAGCUCUCGACAAUUGAAGGGUUAAAAGUGGUCGGCAUCUUUUGGUGUUGCUUUUUGCUUCACUAUCUAGUCAUUUGGAGGUAUUCUGGACGUAAAAAUAGUUGUGUUACUGUUUUAACUAUAUUCAAACUAUAACUACCUAGGUUUACUUAUUGCCUACUAAGCGUUUACUUACACUCCAAAAUCGUCAUCAUGUUGGUGUGUUGACAUUGAUAUUACCACACAAUAUUAACAGGUUUAUUUGCCACCUGCAGGUCUGUAUUGUGAUGCCUUAUGUGAAAUUCAGUAAAACAUUUAGUGGGUCCAUUAUUAUGAAACAUCACAAACCUUAUAUUGUUCUUCACAGAUGAGCAGUCUACAUGUUUUCUGAUGACACAAGCAUAGAUAAUUUGGCCUCCUUAUAUAUUCAUUGUUGUUGGACAAUCAAAAAUACCCAGACAGGUAUCCAGCUUCCUUGUAAAUCUUUCGGUGAGUUUGGAUGUUGUGAUGAAAUGUAAGAUUAUCAGCUAUACCAGUCUAGACUUCCGAAUUUGUGAGUGUUUUACACCAAGUGCAUCAGUCAGUCUCUUCACUGCACCGUUUACAGUAGAGUCUAAGAUUAUCCGGCUGAAACAAGGAGAGAUCACUGGCCACAGAGACAUGCUAAGAAUGUGUAUCAUAUUCAAUAAUGUUGUGCUGCCCACCGUUAUGAAUGAUUAUUUGUCAUGUGGAUUGUUUUAUUUAUUUGAGGCACCAAAUACUAACUGAUUGUGGUUGUGAGUGAGUGCCAUCCCUCAGAUUAUACGAUAUUAUUUAUGGAAACUUUUGUGGUGUAAAGAUGCAAGUAUUCAUUUAAUCUCAUGUCACGAUUUCCAUACUACAUUAUUCGUGCUUUGUAUCUGUGGUAGCAGUUGUGUUGCUGGUCUGAUGAAAACUUGUCUGACAGCCAUAACCCAGUAGGAAAAAGCAUCAACUAGGAACUGUACUUGCUUUAGUUUACUCAUUUGUAAGUAAUUUACACUUACUAAUACAACUAAACGUUUUCUUCCGGACUCCAGUGUGUAUGUGUGUGUUACAUUUUACGGAAACUGGAUAAAGUUUAUAUAUAACAUAGAUAUUUGAUACCGUAUGACAGGUUAAAUUAUGUUAAUGUAAUCCAUAUUUAGGAUUCUCUUACUCGUCAACGCUACCUGAUCUUCAGCCCCCAACUCACCUCUCUUAGUAUUAUCUACAGCUACGCCAGCCUCUGAUGGCGUCAAGGUAUUACGUUCACCAGGAAGUGAUGAGAGCCAGUCAGGAUUUUAUACUUGCUUUUCAUACGUAUUUCUUAAUCAAACAGGUAUGGAAAGCGCUAAAUUUUAUUUUGAUUAGACAAUAAGAAAUGAUUAGGUGCCAUCGCUAUUAUAUGGUGAUAAAACAAAUUCCAUAAGAAUGGUCAAAUUCAGCACAAACGUACGGCGAAGUUAACAUUUAAUAUAGUAAAACGAGGAUGUUUACUACUGCCAGUGUGCAUGAGGAGCGAUUAGUAAUUCUGAUUUUUUUUUUUAAGUAAAAUGUGAUCCUACUUUGUUUUGGAAUGUUUAUGUACAAGUGUUAUUUGAGUGGUUGUUGAGUACUUGUGUGGGAGCUGCUGGAUAUGACCUCAUUGUUACUCUUGGAUCUGAAUCUGCUUGAGGCUGCUACAAGCACUUCAACCUUUCAGCUUACAAGGAACAGGGUGAGGUACUAUGCAGUUGCUUCUGCAGGUGGUACUUGUGUCUGAGGCGACACAUACAAUACAGGGAACUUUGAUCCUUCUGUUGGAAAACUUGGAUAAGUUUGCUGCAAUAAUAGAUGCCAGAUGAUGACCAGUAUGUCAUAGCUCAUACUUGUUUGUUCAAUCGAUUUAUAUGUAUCCAGUAUGUGAGACUGUAAGACGUAACACGGAAGAAGUAUUGAGAAAUCUUCUUGGACAAUGUGUGUGUAUAAUCUUAAUCUGAAAAAAAGGUGUAUCAGUUAUGUAGGGACAAUAAAUGUAAAGCAGGGAGAGCGUUCUUCUCCCUUGUCCCGUGUGAUAGAGAAUUAGUAGGACCCCGGUGUUGUAUAUAUGAACUCUCUCCCUACAGCAACUCUCCCUUGCUAAACCUCCCGUUCUUUCACUCCCUAGUCCCUCCAUUUACCUUCUAUUUACAGUGAGUGAGGGUGUAAAAUUAUCCCUUAUAGAUAGAUUUUAUCCGUUGGAUAGACUAAACCAUCAGAUGGCAUUAGUGUGGUAUUGUAAAACAGACCAGUGUAGAAACAUGGCUUCAGCGUGGAACUACUACACAAGAUUUUAUUAACUAAAUUUCUGUAACAUAAUCAGGGACCACUGACAAAGGUCUGGGACAGCAGAAGAUGAGUGAACAUUCCAUUGUGGUGUCAACACCUGCAUACUCGAGAACACAGAUGCAGUUCAAAUUUGAAAAAUUGCCAGCAUACAGAAAGUAGGUGUAGGUGUCGUGAGGUUGGCACACACCACCACCAACAACAGCAACAGCGGCUGAAUCUCUACAGAAGGAUGUGUCGAGUUGUGUAUUUUUGUAGGUGGCCAUGGAAUGACCAAAUUUUAUAAUAAGUGUUGUGUCAAUCCAUAUUACUGUGGUUGAACAUCGUACGGUCAAGCUUUCUAUCAGUGAAUAUUCUGGUUUUCACUUACUAGAUGUGAUAUACACUUGGAGAUUUCUAGAAGCCUAAAAUACUCACGCUGCACAAAAUGUACCAAUUUCAUUUUGAAGGGUCAAGAUGUGAUAUACAAGAAUUCUUGUUGGUGUAUUAUAAACUCUGUUAUCAAACAUUUAUCCAAUGUUAAAGUAUGAGAAAUCUUCAAGGAUUCACAGAAGUUUUGCAUGGCAAUGGCUUUAUAUAAAUCCCUGUUAUAGUUCCGGAAGUAGUGACCUACAGACUGUUUUUACAUCUAUUGUAUAAAUUAUGUCCCCUAUGUUUUAGAGGAUAUCAAACACUUGUGUUCAUUGUUUGUGUUUAACUCUCUGUUCUCUUCUUUGUUGUGUUGUAAAGUGACUCACCAUUGCCAGCAGUUGACACUCAGUCGGUGGACGGAGCCUAGUUCUCUCAAGGCUCAUGUUUUGACUUGGGGCCCACACAGUCAGCUCUGCACCUUUGGGCCAUAUUUUUUGUAUAAAUGUACCUUAUCACUGAAUGUAUUAAACUGUCAUUUUGAAAUUAA